AUAAUGAGUCUACUAAAAUCUAUAUAUUUUUGAUGAAUUUGGUGGUGCCCACCAUGUGAAGAUUGUUUGGUUGUUUUUGUGCUCUAUUCCCCGGUGACUUGUCAAUGUUGGAGAACCCCUUUAAUUGCAGCUGAGCUGAGCUGCAUAACUCAGAAUCAUUGCUCUGUUGACUCUCAAUCUCAAUUGGUAGUGGUUUGGUUUGUCUCUAUUUUAAUCAACUCUCAACUUAUUUCAUUUCAGGCUCUCUGUUUCGAGUCGAUAGUCGAUGCAUUGUGAAAACUUCAAGGCCAGUUUUUCUCAGAUUUAAUUUAACAAAAUAACAAUACAGGUCUGUAAAUUUCUUGAUUAUUUAUUUUCACUUUCUUUUGAUAAUCAUCAUAAUAAUUCCUUCCAUUCACAUCCUCCUCCAAAGUCUCUUCAUUUAUCUCCUAAAAGAAAAUAUAGAAUGUCAGACUCUAAUCGAAAGCUUCCAGAUUUUAAGCAAUCUGUUAAGCUCAAAUACGUGAAACUUGGGUAUCAUUACCUCAUAACUCAUGCUAUGUACCUAUUUGUAUCGCCACUCCUCGUUGUUAUCGCUGCUCAAAUCUCAACAUUCUCCCUCCAAGACCUCCAUGACCUUUGGGACCACCUUAGAUUCAAUCUCAUCUCUGUAAUCCUUUGCUCCACGCUUUUAGUUUUCCUGUUGACCCUUUAUUUUCUUACUCGUCCCAACCCUGUUUACCUUGUUGAUUUCUCGUGUUAUAAACCCCAUGAUGCCCGGAAAUGCAGCAGGCAGAUAUUCAUGGACAGGUCUCGUUUGAUUGGGACAUUCACUGAACAAAACCUCGAGUUUCAAAGGAAAAUUCUUGAGAGAUCGGGACUUGGGGAAUCAACAUAUCUCCCCGAAGCCGUUUUGAGAGUCCCACCAAAUCCAUGUAUGGCAGAGGCUAGGAAAGAAGCUGAGAUGGUUAUGUUUGGGGCACUUGAUCAUCUCUUUGAGAAAACAUGUUUGAAACCCAAAGAUAUUGGGAUUUUGAUUGUCAACUGCAGUUUGUUUAAUCCCACACCAUCCUUGUCUUCCAUGAUUAUCAAUCACUACAAGCUUAGGGGGAAUGUCAUUAGUUAUAAUCUAGGCGGGAUGGGGUGCAGUGCUGGGUUGAUCUCUAUUGAUCUUGCUAAAGAUCUUCUUCAAGUGCAUCCCAAUUCUUAUGCCUUGGUUGUUAGCAUGGAGAACAUUACUUUGAAUUGGUAUUUUGGAAAUGAUAGAUCCAUGCUAGUUUCUAAUUGUUUGUUUAGAAUGGGAGGAGCUGCAAUCCUGCUCUCCAACAACACCUCUGAUAAAAGGCGAUCCAAGUAUCGAUUGGUGCAUACGGUGCGAACCAACAAAGGGGCUGAUGACAAGUGCUUCUCUUGUGUUACUCAAAAAGAGGAUGACAUGGGGAAGAUUGGAGUUUCAUUGUCAAAGGAUCUCAUGGCGGUUGCUGGGGAUGCCCUCAAGACUAACAUCACGACUUUAGGCCCGCUUGUGUUGCCCAUGUCCGAACAAUUGCUCUUUUUCGCAACAUUAGUCGGGAAAAAAUUCUUCAAGAUGAAGCUCAAGCCUUACAUCCCAGACUUCAAAUUGGCUUUCGACCAUUUCUGCAUUCAUGCUGGAGGAAGAGCUGUGCUGGAUGAACUAGAGAAGAAUCUGCACCUUUCGGAUUGGCAUAUGGAACCUUCAAGGAUGACACUUCACAGGUUUGGAAACACUUCAAGCAGCUCACUUUGGUAUGAACUAGCUUAUACAGAAGCUAAGGGAAGGAUAAGGAAAGGAGACAGAACAUGGCAGAUAGCAUUUGGUUCUGGUUUCAAGUGUAACAGUGCAGUGUGGAAGGCUUUAAGGACCAUGAAUCCGGCAAAAGAUAAGAACCCGUGGAUGGAUGAGAUCCACCACUUCCCAGUGGAUGUUCCGAAGGUCUCUGCCCUCCAAUCUUAAUUUGAUGCUCUGCUCUGUUUGAAGAAACUUAGGACUUGUGUAGUCAAGUUAGUAAGUGUUGUUGUAGUACACACACUCACACUAGUUUGUAUGGGAUUCAAUCAAGGUGUUAAUCUUUUGUGGAGUAGUCGAGUCAACAGUAGAUGAAGAUUCAAUUGACCUUA